UUAAGUUGAAAUUAAUUUCAAUAGCAAAACAAUCUCGUCAAAACCCUAGAAACACACAUAUAUGUCAAGCAUCAGCGUUUUAAAAAUCGAGUUAUUUUGGAGUAAAGGAGAGCGGCGACGAAUUGCAGUUUGUCAUCAAUACAGACAGGAGCAAUGGCAAAACGAACAAAGAAGGUUGGCAUUGUUGGCAAGUAUGGCACCAGGUAUGGUGCCAGCUUAAGAAAGCAGAUCAAGAAAAUGGAAGUGAGUCAGCAUUCCAAAUACUUCUGUGAAUUCUGUGGCAAGUUUGCAGUGAAGAGGAAAGCAGUUGGGAUCUGGGGAUGCAAGGACUGUGGGAAAGUAAAGGCAGGUGGUGCUUACACAUUAAACACACCGAGUGCUGUUACAGUGCGCAGCACUAUAAGGAGGUUGAGGGAGCAGAUAGAGGGCUGAUCCUCAAUUUUUUUUCUAAAUUUCAUUUUCUUGUAUUUAGGUUUAGGAAGUAAUCAGACAUUGAACCAAAUGUCAUUUGAAGAGCAGUUUUUCUCAUUAUGAGGAAGGAACAAGGCUAAUAUUAUUUUUAAGAUAUAUUUUUUGUUCACCGAUAUGGUCAUACUUUCCAAGUUAAACCAUCAAAAUUUGCCUCCAA